GAUAAAAGCAUCUAAGUCGCCGUUUUCCUUUUGUGCCUGGUUACUCAGGGAGAAAGGCUAGGAUGCAUUCGUUUAUCAUUAAGUUUGGUGAGUUAUUUUAAUCCUUUCAAGCCGAAUAAAGAGAAGGGCCGGCGUCGCGUCUCGAUUUAUAUUUCCCUCCAGGGGACAAAAGAGGUGGCCCCAGGAAUCCGCCGCCCGUAAAACGCGCUUCGGAAAACAAACCGUCGACGAGCAGAGACUUAACCCCUUACAGUCAGCCAGACUGGACCGACUUUUAAGGGCGUCCUCGUUGCCUCCCUGUCCACUCGUUCCAGUUUACUCUAGUGGCCAGAUCCCAUCUCUCCCCGUCAUCCUCCAGUUCUGGUGUCCCCUCUGGAGUUCCUAGGGGAUCGAUGCACAGGCUUCCGUGGUGGACCCUGGGCCCCGCUCCCCUAACUUGCACGGUCCUCCUUAAGGAGCUCUACGGCGGAGAGUAGAGGCGGGUGUUUUGUUCUUAUAAGGAGGAAAAGUUUGUGACAUCCAGGAAAUGAGUAACUCCGAACCUCCUUGAGCCGGGCUGAUGGAGGCUAGAAGGCGGGAGCCGGUCGGGGUAUCUCCGCCCCCGACCCUCUAAUUGUCCAGCCGGAGGGUGCACCGCAGACGAAGCCAAACCGCAGCGUCCGGGCCCUGGGGACUAGCGAGAGCAUCCUGGGCCCGCGCGGUCCUCUCCGCGACGGCGAGUGGGGACGAAGGCGAAACGUCAGCUCCAACCAUGGCACUGGGGCUCUUCCGGGUGUGUCUCGUGGUGGUGACAGCCAUCAUCAACCACCCGCUGCUGUUCCCACGGGAGAAUGCCACGGUCCCCGAGAAUGAGGAGGAGAUCAUCCUCAAGAUGCAGGAGCACGAGCAGAAGCUGCAGCUGGAACAGCUGCGCCUGGAGGAGGAACUGCGGCUGGCGGUGGAGAUGGAGGCCCCAGAGCAGGUGGCAGAGGAGGGCCAGCAGCAGAUGGAGAGCCACACAGCCUGGGACCUGUGGAGCACGCUCUGCAUGAUCCUCUUCCUAGUGAUCGAGUUGUGGCGGCAGGACCACCAGGAUGGGCUAUCGCCUGAGUGCCUGGGCGGGGAUGAGGAUGAGCUGCCUGGCCUGGAGGGUGCCCCGCUCCGAGGCCUCACCCUGCCCAACAAGGCCACACUGGACCACUUUUAUGAGCGCUGCAUCCGGGGGGCCACAGCUGACUCGGCCCGCACCCGGGAGUUCGUGGAAGGCUUUGUGGACGACUUGCUAGAAGCCCUGAGGAGCCUGUGCAACCGGGACAGGGACAUGGAGGUGGAGGACUUCAUUGGCGUGGACAGCAUGUACGAGAACUGGCAGGUGGACAAGCCGCUGCUGUGCCAACUCUUUGUGCCCUUCACCCCCCCUGAGCCCUACCACUUCCGCCCAGAGCUCUGGUGCUCCAGCCGCUCGGUGCCGUUAAACCGCCGGGGGUACGGCCAGAUCAAGGUGGCCCGGGCUGACAUGGAUACACUGGGCUGUAUCUGUGGCAAGACCAAGCUCGGGGAAGACAUGCUGUGUCUCCUUCAUGGCAAGAACAACUUGGUGAGGCCCAACAGCGAGGUGGAAGACCUACUGUGUGCCAGAGGUUCCCCGUACCUGGACACGAUGCAGGUCAUGAAGUGGUUCCAGGUGGCCCUCACCAGAGCCUGGCACCGCAUCGCCCACAAGUACGAGUUCGACCUGGCCUUUGGCCAGCUGGACACCCCGGGGUCCCUCAAGAUCAAGUUCCGCUCUGGGAAGUUCAUGCCCUUCAACUUGAUUCCUGUGAUCCAGUGUGAUGACUCAGACCUCUACUUUGUCUCCCACCUCCCCAGGGAGCCCUCCGGGGAGACCCCGGCAUCCAGCACUGACUGGAUUCUGUCCUUUGCUGUCUAUGAGCGACACUUCCUCAGGGCGACAACGAAGACACUGCCCGAGGGCGCCUGCCACCUCAGCUGCCUGCAGAUUGCCUCCUUCCUGCUCUCCAAGCAGAGCCGCCUGACCGGCCCCAGCGGGCUGGGCGCCUACCACCUGAAGACAGCGCUGCUGCACCUCCUGCUCUCCCGGGGGGCCACCGACUGGAAGGCCGGGCAGCUGGAAGCUCGUCUGCACGAGCUGCUCUGCUUCCUGGAGAAGAGCCUGCUGGAAAAGAAGCUCCAUCACUUCUUCAUCGGCAACCGCAAGGUGCCGGAGACCAUGGGACUCCCCGAAGCUGUGCGCAGGGCGGAGCCUCUCAACCUCUUCCGGCCGUUCGUCCUACAGCGAAGCCUCUACCUGAAGACAGUGGACUCCUUCUAUGAGAUGCUCAAGAACGCCCCGGCGCUCAUUAGCGAGUACUCUCUACAUGUCCCCUUAGACCACGCCAGCCUGCCCCAAAAACCUGUCGUCCUGUAGAGCGGCCGGAAUCUCGAGGGCCAAGAUGCAGGGCAUCCCACGUGCCCACCCCACCCCCACAAGAACAUCUCAGGCCCUGUCCUGAGGAAACGGCAGGCUUUGUUGGGAGCCGUGGCUAGCCUGCCAGAAGCCGGGCCCUGUAAAGUGGAGGAAACAGAAUUCCAAGCCGGAAGGCAGUUUGCUUUCGCACAGUGGGGCCGGCCAGUGAAGCUAUUAUCUGGGUCUGGGGCCUGAGCCUUUGCGGCCUUUACUUUUGGAUCAUCACGAAUGGCCAAGAUGAUGACGGAACACUCUCUGAACACUGAAUUUGAAUUAAUGCAACAUCACUUAGGUAUAAUUCUUUUUAUACCGCACGUCCAGUGUUUACUUGAAUAUCGGCAGAGAGCUGAAGGGAUGCUGACAGGGAUCCGUGAUAAGACUGCACACCCCUAUUUCCAGGAACCCUUGGCCCCCGGCGUCUGCCACCAAAGCGCUAAUAGGGACAGAUGGUGGAAUUCACAACCGUCCAUUCACAGCCUGCACAGUAGGGGUCCCACUGUGGCUGAUGCGUUUUUUGUACUAUUUGGAGACAAGACCUAAUAGAGAGUCGAGGCCCCAAGUGGCUAAUGUCUCUGUUGCACAGAAGUGGGUACUUGGUGGCAGAGAGAAGUUUAAGUUGACCACUUUUCCAGCUACACACCUCAUUCAGGGUACACCUCCUUCUCCCUGCCCCUUUCCCCAGCUUGGUGCUGUGUCCCUAGCACCAUGGAUGCCACAUACCAUGCUGGGUACAAAUUCAGUUGUCCCUCACCCCUCCUUCUUCUCUCCACAGCUGGUGGGGGAGGGCAGAGGCCGAAGGUGAAAGCCAAUAGAAAAGGAGAGGCACUGGGUGACUGGGGUGAAGGGCAGCCUAGCACCUGGGGUCCAGGGGAAGUUGCAAAGCUGAGAGGUGAGGAAUGCUAUUGCCCUGAGUGCUCUUCAGGGCCCCGGCCCUAGAGCAGGGCAUCCUUGGAAGCAAGAGCAACUGCGGAAACCCAGCUCCUGCCUACAAGCCCAAGACCCCCCAGCUAUUCACUCCAGCAGUUUCCUCACUACACAGAACGCCUGUUCUGGGUGGGUCUUGCUGGCCGCACAGAUGACCGAAACCCCAAGAGCCCAACAGCUCGGCUAACUAGGAACACACAGGGACAGCAUUGUGGGCACAGCUCCCAGGCCUCAGAGAGGCCACCUCGCUGCCGCCGGGGCUGCGGUCACUUGGCAGGCACCAGAGCCUGUGGUUGGAGCUGGCCCCUGUCUCCAGACCUGGUUCGGAAGGGUUGGGAAGCGCUCCUCCUCCACUGUGGCUUCACUGGUCCUUCGGGAUUUCCCAUCUCGGCAUUGCCUCAGUAACCCUUGCAGAGGGCCGAAGAGGAGGCAAGAAUGAGUGUGCCUUCCGCAGCACCUGGGUCCUCCCUCCAGCGUGAGAGCGGGUGGAGCCUCCCAGACGGCACACCCCGUUCCACAGUCUGUUAGACUCACUGCCACCUGAAGAAAGGAUAUUGUCCCUGCCCCAGGAGUGCUCUCACCCGGCCUCAGAGUGCCCUCGAGAUGGACAGUUUGCCCAACGGGGUUAAUUCAGGGCGGGGGGCUCAGCCGCAGUGGGGAGCUGAAGCCUGCAGGAAGCCUUCCAUGUGAGCCGGAGUUAGAUGGAGCAGUGUUGGGGUCUGCCGCUCCCCAGGCCCACAGUGGCUGGCCUUCCAGGGACCAGUCCUGCCCACGUGGUCUCCAACAAUAGCCUCGAGCCCCUUAUUCUGCUGGGCUUUGUUUCCAGAGUCGGGGUGAAUUUCCUUAUUUAUUAUCCCCUGUGCCUUUCCUUUCCCGUCUUCCUCUUUAUCUUGUGCUUGGAAGAGACCCCGGCAACCAAGAACCAGCCUGCAGAGGCCAAGACCAAGCCUGACUCUCCCUCAGCUUCCCCUUUGCUUCCAGGAGAAAGUCCACGGAAAAAAAUCACCUUGUUUGUACAGAGAGGACAGAACUCAGCGGGGAAACGGGGAUCUUUUAUGCACCGAAGCGGCUUCUGAAGCAGAAAGCAGCAAGGCUCUUGGUGUUCAUGCUGCCUUAUUUAUAUUAAAGGAAGAAUUAAAUUCCUGCAAAGAGAAUUAAAUUCCUGCAAAAACUGGU